AUGCCUACCCGUCUCACAAAAACCCGCAAGCAUCGUGGCCACGUCUCGGCCGGUCACGGUCGUGUUGGGAAGCACCGCAAGCAUCCCGGUGGUCGUGGUAUGGCCGGUGGUCAGCACCACCACAGGACGAACAUUGACAAGUACCAUCCUGGUUACUUCGGAAAGGUCGGAAUGAGAUACUUCCACAAGCUGCAAAACCAGUUCUGGAAGCCUGUCAUCAACCUCGACAAACUGUGGUCGCUCGUGCCCGCUGAGAAGCGCGACGCCUACCUCGCUGGCAAGACCGGCGACACCGCGCCCGUCCUCGACCUCCUCCCGCUCGGCUACUCGAAAGUCCUCGGAAAGGGCCGUCUGCCCAAGAUCCCCAUCAUCGUCAAGGCUCGCUACGUGUCGAAGGAGGCGGAACGGAAGAUCACUGAGGCUGGAGGCGUUGUCCAGCUCGUCGCAUAA